AUGAACUCACUGGUUUCUUGGCAGCUGAUGCUUUUCCUUUGUGCCGUCUCCUUCACGGAGACAUUAGAAAAGGCGACGCCCAUGAAAAAUCCUAGAGCCACAGGCCCGCGUCUCAGAUCCCCGGCGCUCCUGGCCUCCGGGGCACAGAGCCCGCGGUGCGCGGAGAGGAAGCCCGCCGUUGCCGGCCCUCGGGGGGCCUCGCUGUGCCCUCCUCCCGAGAGCUCCGCUGGGCCCCAGCUGCCGGGCCUGUGCGCCCCCCGCAGUCGCCUGAUACCCGCCCCGCGCGGCGCGGUGCUGGUACAGCGCGAGAAGGACCUGUCCGCCUACAACUGGAACUCCUUCGGCCUACGUUACGGAAAGCGGCACGCUGCGCCGCCCGGCAGCCGCGGCCAAGGCGCCGGGCGGGGCUGA